GAUCGCGACAUACAUGUGCUGCCCAGCGGCCAGGGCAUCUUCGUGGAGCUGGUGCCCGCGGCUGCGCUCGAGUCCUUCCUCCGGAAGGCAGUGGAUGCGGACGCCAGGAUCCUUCCUAUCGUUCGGGGCGCGCAAGGCCGCCGAGACGUCCAGUGGCACAAGAUGCUGGAGAUGACUCGCCAGAAGGACUACGGUUCGGACUGGUCGCUUCCUGGGCCGCGGGCCGCCGCCUGGUGCAUGAACUACUUGCAGCGGGAGGGUCUCGGCAUCGAGGGACAUCACGAGCACUUCCGUCAGAUCUGCAGGCUCGGCUCUACGGGCUGGGGGGUGCAGGACCUCCUGGACGGCACGAACCUGAUCUGUAUUGAGAUGAAGUUCAGGAGGCUCCAGACCAUCGAGUUUGCGCACUGGGACAAAGCGAAGGACGCCGAGAGCAAGGGCGUCGGUGGCAAUAUGAGUCUGGAGGAACAGGCGGCUUUCUCGGGGGUGUCCAGAUCGACUUCCUCCGUGGUGGUGUCGCUUGAUUGGACCGAACACGUUCGCAAGGACGUCGAGAAGGAGGCCAAGUUGCACGAGAGCCUGCGCCUGGCCCGCGAGGAGCGGGAGUCCAGGCACAAGAAUG